AUGGACCGGUCUAAUGAGUUCAAAUUUGAGAUUUUUGGUUCCAACUGCCGUGUCUUUUCCUUGGCUAUUCAGAAGACCCAGCAGAACCCCCAACCCACACUGCAUGAGGAUGCUUUCCUGUAUGUCGAGGAGACAGUAGAUACACUCUGUGAGGCAAGAUGAGCCAUAACCACUGUCCUGAAAUGUGGCUCUCACAGAACAGCUCCCAUGGGCAUGUUUUUCAUCUCUCACUCUUCCAUACUGGAGCUCCAGUUCCUGUUCCAGCAUGUCCUACCAGUGACUGGGAGACUAGUUGUGGAGAAUUUUGCAGGAAAAUCAGUUUCAUGAAUGCUUUGGCACAAAAGUAUUUACUCUUCCACUCGGCUUGUUGGGGUAGAGAUCAGUGCAGAGUUUAUCAGGCUUCAAAAUAUGGCUGUGGAGAAGUAUGGCUUCAGUGACCGAAUACAGAUAAAGUGAUCAUUAGUCAUCCAUGCAAAUAACAUGACUCAGGAUUCCAUGUUACAGAAUUCAGAUUUUCUUAUCAUGAACAAUGUGUUUGAUUACUUUCUACAGCCCAAUGAUCAAAUGAAGUAG